AUGCCUGUAAGUCCCCAAUACCGUCUGUUUCAGCACCGGUAUUAUUUGGAGCAAAGUGAGAGGGAUGCAGGGAUAUCGCAUCUGUGGCAUGCCCACCGGCUUGCAGAGGCACGAUUGCGGCCUGGCAAAGGCAUUGCCGACGCGCCCGAAGUGGACUUCCGCCAUCCGGAGUUGAUGGACAGAGAGCAGACGAAAGCAUGCGCGCUGAUGACUCGUUUGCAGCGUCGUGUUUUGGAUGAAGAGAAGCGUAUUGUGAAAGCAAACAAAAACCUGCUGGAUCGUAUUCUUGACGUGAAUGAAGAUAAGUACCGAGAGCGUCGGGGAAUGAACAACCGUCCAUCGGAAGAGGAGCUACGUAGGUGGUUUCGUGCGGAUGAACAGGCGAGGGCACGGCAGCGGGUCCGUGGGGUUCAAGAGGCAGAUAAGCAAAAGCAGAAUCUGAUCAUCAUGAGACAACUGAUAGAUGUAAAGCCCUCCGUGGAUACAGCGAGGCAACUUGACCAGUGGUACAAGAGGGAACACAGGAAACAAGUUAAGCAGCUGUCUCAAUUCAAACGAGUGGAGCCGUUUGCAGGAGCCAACGUGCUUCGCAAGGAGUGUGGUUUGAAAUUGGCGGAAAAGGAGGCGGGCCGUGUUGAGUUCCGAACUGCCGCACGAAAACCGUUUCUGUGGAGAGAGCACAAGGUGCCUACUCUCAUUGAUGCGCUUUAUUCAGGCCCUUUGCUCCCGUCGCUGCAGGAGGCAUCCAUGAAUUACGUCCAUGGGAACCUCACACUGAAUAAUACAGAAAGUUUUACCUCAACUUGGACUUUGCCGCGGCGACGGAAGGAGAAAAAGCCAGAAUGGAAGAGUAUUUCCGCCUUAGAUGUCACCCUGAUGAAUUACGCGAACGAUAUCAUGCUGGCCCGAGGUGAGGAUGUCCCCAUAGUUCGUCGCGAAGAAGAAAACGGCGUCACUCGUUUGUGGCGAGAGGGUUUGGAUCAAAACCACCGGGCAAGGGAACGACGCGGCAAGGCAGCAACGCGACAGGACAAUGGCAGCGUAAUGGGUGACGCAAACGAGGGGGACAACCGGCGGAUUUCUACAAACAGCAUCAACUGGGACAAAAACCGCUGGAGGUCUAGAAAAAGCAUCCUUACAUUGUUGCGAUCGAAAGUGUCAGGGUCCGCGGAGAAGACAACUUUGAUUGCGACUAACAAUGUAAGGUCUACCUCCUUUCAGGAGGGCGAUGUGCGAGAGAAGCCUCCUCGACUGGGAAAAUCAACCAGUAUAAGGUUUGAAGAGGAUGGGGUUCCCUUUUUAGGGAUGGCGAACACGGAAUCAGACCGAUUAUCUUUUGUUUCUGCCCAGGCGUACAAGGGCGAUGCGGAUUCCGACCAGGUGUACAUGAAACGCACUGAUAUGGGCCAGGCGUACAAGGGCGAUGCGGAUUCCGACCAGGCGUACAUGAAACGCACUGAUAUGGGCCAGGCGUACAAGGGCGAUGCGGAUUCCGACCAGGCGUACAUGAAACGCACUGAUAUGGGCCAGGCGUACAAGGGCGAUGCGGAUUCCGACCAGGUGUACAUGAAACGCACUGAUAUGGGCCAGGCGUACAAGGGCGAUGCGGAUUCCGACCAGGCGUACAUGAAACGCACUGAUAUGGGCCAGGCGUACAAGGGCGAUGCGGAUUCCGACCAGGCGUACAUGAAACGCACUGAUAUGGGCCAGGCGUACAAGGGCGAUGCGGAUUCCGACCAGGUGUACAUGAAACGCACUGAUAUGGGCCAGGCGUACAAGGGCGAUGCGGAUUCCGACCAGGUGUACAUGAAACGCACUGAUAUGGGCCAGGCGUACAAGGGCGAUGCGGAUUCCGACCAGGUGUACAUGAAACGCACUGAUAUGGGCCAGGCGUACAAGGGCGAUGCGGAUUCCGACCAGGCGUACAUGAAACGCACUGAUAUGGGCCAGGCGUACAAGGGCGAUGCGGAUUCCGACCAGGCGUACAUGAAACGCACUGAUAUGGGCCAGGCGUACAAGGGCGAUGCGGAUUCCGACCAGGUGUACAUGAAACGCACUGAUAUGGGCCAGUUUUUGGAAAAACGUUCAGAUGGCCGCCGUACUUUGGCGGAGUGGGCCGCAGAAUUGCGCCGAUCAACAAAGCCUUAUGUGCCGUACUAA